UGUCUCCAGGGAAGUUGAGGAACCAGUGAGUUGGUAGCUCAUCUCGGCAUGGCGAACCUGUUGAAAACAGUGGUGACUGGCUGUUCGUGUCCCUUACUGGGCAGUUUGGGGUCCUGCAAAGUUCUACCUGGGAAGAAGAGUUUUUUACGAACAUUUUAUACUCAUCAGGCACUGUGGUGUGAAGCCCCUGCCAAGCAAGGAAUUCCAUAUAAGCAGCUGACUGUUGGAGUCCCCAAGGAGAUCUUCCAGAAUGAGAAGCGGGUGGCAUUGUCUCCUGCUGGUGUGCAAGCCUUGGUUAAACAGGGAUUUAAUGUUGUGGUAGAAUCUGGCGCAGGGGAAGCAUCCAAGUUCUCUGAUGACCACUACAGAGCAGCAGGUGCACAAAUCCAAGGAACGAAGGAAGUGCUGGCCUCUGAUUUGGUGGUCAAAGUGCGAGCCCCCAUGGUUAAUCCAGCAUUAGGCGUUCAUGAAGUUGACCUUUUAAAGACAUCAGGAACCCUGAUUAGUUUUAUUUACCCAGCUCAAAAUCCAGACUUGCUAAAUAAACUUUCCCAGAGAAAAACGACAGUUCUGGCAAUGGACCAGGUUCCAAGAGUCACAAUCGCUCAGGGAUAUGACGCGCUCAGCUCCAUGGCCAACAUUGCUGGUUAUAAGGCUGUUGUCCUGGCGGCAAAUCAUUUUGGACGUUUUUUCACUGGUCAGAUCACGGCUGCUGGAAAAGUUCCUCCGGCUAAGAUUCUCAUUGUUGGUGGUGGUGUUGCCGGGCUGGCUUCUGCAGGUGCAGCAAAAUCGAUGGGUGCGAUCGUUCGCGGCUUCGACACUAGAGCUGCAGCCCUGGAGCAGUUCAAGUCUCUCGGGGCUGAGCCCCUGGAGGUAGACCUGAAGGAGUCCGGCGAGGGGCAGGGAGGAUAUGCAAAAGAAAUGUCCAAAGAGUUCAUCGAGGCGGAGAUGAAGCUGUUUGCUGAGCAGUGCAAGGAGGUGGACAUCCUCAUUAGCACGGCGCUGAUCCCAGGUAAAAAGGCUCCAGUUUUGUUUAGUAAAGAAAUGAUUGAGUCCAUGAAGGAAGGUUCUGUUGUCGUGGAUUUAGCUGCUGAGGCCGGAGGAAACUUUGAAACCACUAAGCCAGGAGAACUUUAUAUUCAUAAGGGAGUUACUCAUAUAGGCUACACUGACCUUCCUAGCCGAAUGGCCACGCAGGCCAGCACCCUCUAUUCCAACAAUAUCACCAAGCUCCUGAAAGCCAUCAGCCCAGACAAAGACAAUUUUUAUUUUGAAGUGAAAGACGACUUUGACUUUGGUACCAUGGGUCAUGUCAUUAGAGGAACUGUAGUAAUGAAGGAUGGUGAAGUGAUUUUCCCAGCUCCCACACCAAAAAAUAUCCCUGAAGGUGCCCCAGUAAAGCCGAAGACAGUGGCCGAGCUGGAAGCUGAGAAGGCAGCAACCACUACCCCCUUCCGGAAGACGCUGACCACGGCUUCAGCAUACACAGCAGGUCUCACUGGGAUGCUGGGGUUGGGCCUGGUGGCUCCCAACCUAGCCUUUUCUCAGAUGGUGACCACUUUUGGUUUGGCUGGCAUUGUGGGCUACCACACGGUCUGGGGCGUAACUCCCGCCCUGCACUCACCACUGAUGUCUGUGACGAAUGCCAUUUCAGGACUGACUGCCGUCGGUGGCCUGGCGCUCAUGGGAGGACAGCUGUAUCCAUCCACAACUGCUCAGGGCCUUGCUGCUCUUGCCACCUUCAUAUCCUCAGUCAACAUUGCAGGUGGUUUUCUGGUGACCCAGAGAAUGCUGGACAUGUUCAAGCGUCCCACAGACCCUCCAGAGUACAAUUACCUGUACCUGCUCCCUGCUGGCACCUUUGUUGGUGGCUAUUUAGCUGCUCUCUACAGUGGUUAUGACAUUGAACAAAUCAUGUACCUAGGCUCAGGUUUGUGCUGUGUUGGGGCCCUGGCUGGCCUUUCCACCCAGGGAACAGCACGUCUUGGCAAUGCGCUUGGUAUGAUUGGGGUUGCUGGAGGUCUGGCAGCCACCCUAGGAGGUCUAAAACCGAGCCCAGAAUUGUUAGCGCAGAUGUCUGGUGCAAUGGCUCUGGGCGGUACCAUUGGAUUGACAAUUGCCAAACGCAUCCAGAUUACUGAUUUACCUCAAUUAGUUGCUGCUUUCCACAGUUUAGUGGGUAUGGCAGCUGUACUUACUUGCAUAGCUGAGUACAUCGUAGAAUAUCCACAUUUUGCCAUGGAUGCAACAGCAAAUCUCACCAAGAUUGUGGCCUACCUUGGCACUUACAUUGGUGGUGUUACCUUUAGUGGGUCUCUUAUCGCCUAUGGGAAAUUGCAAGGUAUCCUGAACUCUGCCCCUCUUCUGCUGCCUGGCAGGCACUUACUCAACGCAGGCUUGCUGGCUGCUAGUGUGGGUGGAAUAAUCCCAUUCAUGAUGGACCCGAGCUUCACCACGGGCAUUACCUGUCUGGGCGCUGUGUCCGCCCUUUCUGCUGUCAUGGGUGUGACUUUGACGGCGGCCAUUGGGGGCGCUGACAUGCCUGUUGUCAUCACCGUGCUGAACAGCUACUCGGGCUGGGCUCUGUGUGCGGAGGGCUUCCUGCUCAACAACAACCUGCUGACCAUCGUGGGUGCUCUCAUCGGCUCCUCUGGGGCUAUCCUGUCCUACAUCAUGUGUGUGGCAAUGAAUCGCUCCCUGGCUAAUGUGAUUCUUGGAGGCUAUGGUACCAGUUCAACAGCUGGUGGAAAACCCAUGGAAAUUUCCGGCACUCACACAGAAAUCAACCUUGACAAUGCAAUUGACAUGAUUCGAGAAGCUAAUAGCAUUAUUAUUACUCCAGGCUAUGGUCUCUGCGCGGCCAAAGCCCAGUACCCCAUUGCUGAUUUGGUAAAGAUGCUCACAGAGCAAGGCAAAAAGGUCAGGUUUGGAAUUCACCCAGUUGCAGGCCGAAUGCCUGGCCAGCUUAAUGUGCUGCUGGCUGAAGCUGGGGUGCCAUAUGAUAUUGUGUUGGAAAUGGAUGAGAUCAACCAUGAUUUCCCAGACACUGAUUUGGUCCUCGUAAUUGGAGCUAACGACACUGUGAAUUCAGCAGCACAAGAAGAUCCUAACUCUAUUAUUGCAGGCAUGCCAGUUCUUGAGGUCUGGAAAUCAAAACAGGUCAUUGUUAUGAAGAGGUCUUUGGGAGUUGGCUAUGCUGCAGUAGACAAUCCAAUCUUCUACAAACCCAACACGGCCAUGCUUCUCGGUGAUGCCAAGAAGACAUGUGAUGCAUUGCAGGCAAAAGUUAGAGAAUCCUAUCAAAAGUAAAUGCUAAAGGUGAAGUGAGCAUCUGAAAAAGCAACCUCUUCAGUUGUGGGAACAGGAAAAUGGAGGUGCAGCGUGACUGAGGCACAUCCAUGACGAAUCUCUUGAAGAAUAAGAAAACUGAAGAAAGCAAGGCUACCAGAGGGAGCUUUUUCAAAAACAAUGAUCCCUUCUUUUUUUAAAAACAGUUUGACAAUCCCAAAUGUAUUUGUGCUGAGAUAUUGUGUUUGAAUCAAAACCAUUUUAUAAAGG